UGACCGCGGGCUUGGUCAUGUGAUUUCUUGUCGCAGUUAAAAUCAUGCGGAGUAUUUUCAGCGAGGCACUUGAACAAUGGGAUCGUCCAGAGUAGACUUUGCUUUGUGUUUCUUGCUCAGCUUCGUGCUCUCUAAAGGGCUGUCCACUCCUGUGGCGAGCAACGAAGCCUGGGGCUAUGUGGAAGUGAGAGACGGGGCCCACAUGUUCUGGUGGCUCUAUUAUGCUGACAGCGCAUCGGCCCAGUACCAGGACCUGCCUCUGGUCAUGUGGCUGCAGGGUGGCCCAGGAGGAUCUGGAACUGGCUUUGGCAACUUUGAGGAAAUCGGACCCUUGAACAGGGAUCUAGAGCCCAGAAAGACGAGCUGGGUCCAGGCAGCCAGCGUGUUAUUUGUGGAUAACCCUGUGGGCACUGGGUUUAGCUACACCGACAGACCAGACGCCUAUGCUACCAACGUGGCCACAGUGGCCUCAGACAUGCUGGUGCUGCUCAAAAACUUCUUCACAGAGAAGCCUGAGUUCCAGAGCAUCCCCUUCUACAUCUUCUCAGAGUCAUAUGGAGGGAAGAUGGCAGCUGCUAUCUCUUUGGAACUCACCAAGGCCAUAACCAACGGGACAGUGAAAUGCAACUUUUCCGGUGUGGCGCUUGGAGACUCGUGGAUUUCACCAGUGGACUCUGUCAUGACAUGGGGACCGUACCUCUACACUACUUCCCUCCUGGAUGAUUACGGCCUGGCAGAAGUCAAUAAGGCAGCAGAGGCAGUGAAGCAAGCCGUGGAGCAGCAGGAGUUCCUUAAAGCGACUGAUAUGUGGUCUGUGGCUGAGAAUGUUGUGGAGCAGAAUACCAAUGGAGUCAACUUCUACAACAUCCUCACUCAGGACUCAGAUGAGAAGCUCGCCUCUUCUGCAGGGCUCGAUUUGAUCACUCUGCAGAUCCUUCGCCACAUUCGUCCCCUCCAACGCCAGUCACUGAGUGACCUGAUGAAUGGACCAAUAAGGAAGAAGCUGGGCAUCAUUCCUCAGAACAUCACGUGGGGAGGUCAGGCUGAUGAGGUUUUCACUAACAUGGCAGGAGACUUUAUGAAGCCAGUGGUGGACAUAGUUGACCAGCUGCUGACUGCUGGAGUCAACGUCACAGUCUACAAUGGACAGCUUGAUCUCAUUGUGGACACUCUGGGUCAGGAGCUGUGGGUGAAACAGCUCAAGUGGGAGGGGAUUCCUAGUUUUAACAAACUUAGGUGGACUCCCCUGGAUGAUCCUGCCUCCCCGCACAUUACUGGAGCUUUCUACAAGACUUACAAGAACUUUGCCUUUUAUUGGAUCCUCAAAGCGGGUCACAUGAUUCCUUCAGAUCAGGGACCCAUGGCCUUGCAGAUGCUGAAGAUGAUCACCCAGCAGGCCUGAUCCCCACCCCCCCUCUGACACAAGCUGGUGUGGCUCUGACAAUCACCAUGAUCACAUGACUUUUUUUUUUUUUUUAAUCUCACUUCCUGUUAAACCAAACUCAGCUGAUUAUAACACACUGUGUAAUAUUUAGCCCUAAAAGCAAUAAAGAUACAUUGCUGUUUUGUAAA